AUGUCAGGCCCCAUCGGAGAUGCUCCGGCCGUCCAUUCCACCGCCGGUGGUGGACCGCAGGACCUGUUGCGGAGGGCAACACAGGCCAUGAUGUCAAACCUCAUAACAGAUUCUCGGUUGCCUUGA